AUCUAACCCAUUUCCUAAAGUAAAAAAGGAAGAAAAAUCAUCAGGUCAGUGACGCCGACUCUCCUCGCUUUGAAGCUCACAAAUGGCUGCAGUACGAGAAUUACAGAAAGAUUUGGAGGCAAAAGCCAAUGAUCUCAGCAAAAUCCAAAAGGACAUAUCCAAAAACCAUCAAGUCAGAAAGAAGUACACCAUUCAACUCGGUGAAAACGAGCUCGUUCUUAAGGAGUUGGAUUUGUUGAACGAUGAUGCAAAUGUCUACAAAUUGAUAGGACCAGUGCUGGUAAAGCAAGAUCUUGCGGAAGCAAAUGCAAAUGUUCGGAAGAGAAUUGAAUAUAUUUCAGCUGAAUUGAAGCGACUUGAUUCAACUCUUCAGGAUUUGGAGGAAAAGCAAAAUAGCAAGAAAGAGGCGAUGUUCAAGUUACAACAAAGGAUUCAAUCUCUUCAGGCUGGAAAAGAUAAGGCUUGAUUUGCAGUAUGAGAAGUCUGCAUUUGAGUGCAGUUGUUUUUGCUCUUUUUUUGAAUUGUUCCAUCUUUGUUAUCAUGGCAAAUUCGGGUUAAAUAUAUGUAGAAUCUUGAUUUAAGGUACAACUUUGUUUUAGAGGUGGCGAUUUCAUUAUUCGUAUCUUGAAAACGGAUUGAUUUGGGCUGUGUUUUC